UGUUGCUGUGCCUGGGGCUGGGGCUGUGCGCUGGGCGCCGGCCAGGGAUGCUUCCGUCCGCCUGCUGUGCGGGUCUUGGGCUGUGGCCGAGGGAUGGCGAAUGUGCGGGUGGCCGUGAGAGUCCGGCCUCUCAGCAAGCGGGAGACCAAAGAAGGGGGAAGAAUCAUUGUAGAAGUUGAUGACAAAGUGGCAAAGGUCAGGAAUGUAAAGGUGAGCAGUCGACCAGAGAGCUUUGGAGACUCCCGGGAGAAGGUUGUAGCAUUUGGCUUUGAUUACUGCUAUUGGUCAGUCAACCCAGAGGACCCUCACUACGCAUCUCAGGAAGUGGUGUUCCAGGACUUGGGGAUUGAAGUGUUGUCUGGAGCUGCCAAAGGCUACAACAUAUGCCUCUUUGCCUAUGGGCAGACGGGCUCUGGGAAGACAUAUACCAUGCUGGGGACUCCAGCCUCUGUUGGGCUGACCCCACGGAUAUGCGAGGGUCUCUUCAUCAGGGAGGAUGACUGUGCCUCACUGCCUUCUUCCUGUAGCGUAAAAGUAAGCUUCCUGGAAAUCUACAAUGAACGGGUGAGAGAUCUUUUGAAGCGAUCCAGUCAAAAUAAGUCCUAUGGCUUGAGGGUCAGGGAGCACCCAGAGAUGGGACCCUACGUCCAAGGUCUAUCUCAGCAUGUUGUUACCAACUAUCAGCAAGUUAUCCAGCUCCUGGAGGAGGGGAUAGCAAACAGGAGGAAUAGUUUGGCGUCUGCCAUGCUUCCUCUGCAGAGCAAGAAGGAGGGGACAACAAAGAUUGGAAGAAUUGAUUCAGACCAGGAACAGGACAUCGUCCUUCAGGGCCAGUGGAUUGAGAGGGAGCACUGCACAAUCACGAGCACUUGUGGAGUGGUCAUUCUCUGGCCUACCCAAGGGGCACGCUGUACAGUGAAUGGCCGAGAGGUCACUGCUUCCUGCCGCCUGACACAAGGAGCUGUCCUAACGCUGGGGAAAGCACACAAGUUCCGAUUUAACCACCCAGCUGAGGCUGCUUUGCUGCGGCUCCACCGGCUGAAGGUCGGAGAGGCUGUUGGCAGCAGUGGCUCUUUGGAAUGGCUGGGCUUGGACGGAGAUGUCACCGCCUCAAGACUGGGUCUCUGUCCUGUGCUUUGGAAGGGAAGGAAAGUGCUAGAAGAGGAGCGUGACAAGGACCAGCAGACAUCAAGAAGUGGCGAAACAUCCCCCAGAGCCCAGACCGAGCAACAGCAGUGCUACGUGGAGGGUCUGAGGCAGCAAGCCAUAGAAGGACAGAGUGGAGUUCAGAAGGAGCCAGAGUUGGACCAGACACAGAGCAGUCAGCAGAUAAGAGCCAACCAGCAGUGGCUUCUCAGAGAAGAGACCUGGCUAGCCUGCUUACAGGAGACACAGCAAGAAGAGGGCAGUGGAGAAGAGAAAGAACUUGAGGCCUUUGUGGCACCUGAUGCUUGGCUUCCAACAGUUCCUCAGACCUCACCAUCCCCACUGGUCCAAAGCCAGAAGAGGGUGGUGCGGCUGCAGCGCUUGCGGAGACGCACUGCUUGGGCUACAGUGUGGAACAUCAGGCAGAAAAAGAUCUCAUUCCAGCUGGAGAGAAUUAUUAAGAAGCAGAGGCUGCUGAAGACCCAGAGGAGACUGGAGCAGCUCAGGGCACUCUUCGGGCUCCAGGAUGAUGGUGCCUCCAAGGCCCCAAGGUGGGUCUUCAGCUCUAACACCUCAGGCCCAGGUUCUGAGCGUAGAAGCAGAUGGACAACUUGCAGCUCUCUGAGCCUCCAAAGGCUCUGCAGCCAUCGCCUGUCCCAGCUACGCAGUGCUUUCCUGAACUGGGAUCCUUCCACCAUGUCACCACCUGUGCCCGACCCAACUCACCAAAUACCAGAGAAAACCCUCUCAGCAGAUUCCAUUCCCCAGGCUACUGCUUCCCCUCCAAGGACAGGGCGCCUGGGCAGGAAUGGCCUCCAUCCAUCAGGCUGGAGGAAGCUCUAUCCAUCAAAGGGAGCCUCAACUAGGAGGGGAGUCUCUACCCAAAGCACCUGUCUCACUGUGAGCCAUGAGCCUGUCACUAGCCAGGAAACUAAGUCAUUGGGUAAGCAGCCCUGUCAGAUGUCCACCCAGGGCUCAGUGACUAAGAAGCUAAGGCCAAGGGGUGGUCCAAGGCCCCACACCCCUGCUGCACAGACUGGAAGGACUAAGGGACUAGCAGCCUCUGGCAACACACAGACUGGAUGGCAAAGAGAAAGGAGCUGUGGGGCCUCCACGGCUCCUAAGGAAGCCAUUUCCCACUCUACUUACCUCAGUGGAUCCAAGCAAGCAGCUGGGCAUGGGAAAGUAGGCAAGUCUUUUCAGGCAGAUUCCAAACCACCAUCUCUAAGCAGGGCAUCAAAAAAACAUCCAAGGGUGCCGGCAGCUAGGGCCAGAGACAUUGCCAGAAAGUUCUCUCAUUUGCCUCAUGGCAGUCCUUUCAAAAGACAGCACAGUACAGGGGAUCCAGACACGCUGGCCUUAUUCACAGACUCCAGACCUAUAAUGGGUCUUGUAAGAGAAAAGGACGAUGGCUUAUCUGACUCUGGUAGCAGUUACUCCGUGGAUUCUCUCUCUUACGCCUGUGCCCAAGUCCCAAAGGAGCUGCUGAAGCCAGAGGACCUUCAGGGAAAAUGGGAUCUUCCAGAUCCAGAGAACUCUGAAAGUGACAGCAGUCAAUUAUCUGAGGACUCACUCGCUGAGAAAGGAUACCAGAGCCCCCCAGAAAACUCAGUGGAUGAAUAUUCCACCAUGAACCAUGGACAUUCAGGGACCAGAGUUUCAGUCUCUGUGAGACGUCUCCCCAAGCCCUCAGACAGUAGUAGCUUGUGCACUCGAGCACAUAGGAACUUCUCCUUGGACAGCCUGAUUGAUGCUGAAGAACUGGGAGAGGCUAGGCAAAAGGAGCCUUUCCUUGGUUCUGCUGAUGAGAUGCCUACAGAGACCUUUUGGCACCUGCAGAAGGCCGACCUACCUUCAGUAGACCAGGAGGCAAUGUGCCGGUCUAGCCCUAUCAACCAUAGAACAGGAGUCAGGCAGAAUGCCUUCCUGCUAGAGAGCAAUUCAUUUUACCUUGAUCCUCAGUUCCAUCCCCACUGUGAACAGUCUGAGUUAGAAAUGGGGGCAAGCUAUUGUGAACAAGCCAACUCUCUCCAAGGUGUGCAGCUUGCAAGAGAGAGCCCCCUGGUAUCUGUGGAUUCAUGGUUUUCCUGUGACUCUAAGGUCAAUCCCAGCAGCCCCUCAAUGACUGUACAUUCUUUAUGUCCAAGUCCUGAUGUACAUGAAAUUCAGCCCCAUGAUGAGAUGCCCAGACACGGGCUAAAUGUCGAAGAAGUAAAGCUACCAGGUACAGUCCUGCCACAUAGCCGUAAACUGCCCCAAGACAGUGCUGAACCACCCUGCCAUUCAGAUUUGCACACAACCUUUGCGUCUGAUACAUCCAAGCCCUCAGUUUGUGGAAGUCAAAGGCUCCUUCAGCCAGAAGUUGAUGGUGUCUUUCGUGGCAAAGAAAUCCCCGACACGACCUACCAGGGCAUCUCUGAAGAGUCGCACAAUUCUGACUUGUCAAGUGUGCUGGCUCCCUCUGCCACCUCACUGACUCAUGUAGACAGUAUUCUUGAGAAGAACUGGGCUGCCCUUCAGCAAAAGUAUCUCCUUGGACUCUCUAAUUCUGUUUUGGAAGCUGUAGGAGAACCCAGGCCAGCCUUCUCCUUCCUGGAGGAAGACUCUAGCUCCCUGGCUGAGGCUUCUGAUAAAGUAGAAACUCAGUUGUCUGUUGGCCCUGGGGUAUCUAAAAAUUUAGAUUUCCGCUACUUUACAAUCCACCCAUCAACAAUCAGGCACUUCAGAGCAGAGAAAGACCAUGACAGUUUGAGUGCCAACUUAGAAAGCGCUUCUGAUCUCUUCAGUACCAUUGAGAAGGUGAGUUACAAUGGGGCGUACUCAGCAGACCUAGAAUCCCUGGCUUCUGGAUCUAUAAAUGCACAGACCUGUACAGUAGGAAACAAGAUACCAAAUUCUAUGACAGAAGCAUGGGAAGUCAAUCAGGCCAGCUUGGAAGGGUGCCUUCAGGGUAGCAGGAGCCCUGGGCUGAUAACUUCCUCUGGGCAGUAUUUCUUCCAGAAGAAGGCUUAUCACAGUCAUGAUACUUUAGCCACCAAAGCAAACUAUUGGCCACGGAAGCAAACCAUUGGCCCUCUUAGGAAAAGCUCCGCUGUGCAGCCAAGACUAUUAAGUCACAACAGCCACCAGCGCCCCCUGCUGGAAGAGAAGGCAGAUUCUCAGCAGCAUGCCAAGGAAGCAGAUGGAACAUGUACAGAUGCUUCUGGCCCUUUCCCUCCAGGUCCAGAGCUGUUCCUGCACUCUGAGCCCUGGAGUCCUUUCCCAUCUUCUCUGCAGCCACCUCCCUUGGAAACAUUCUAUGUAACCAAAAGCAGGGAUGCCCUGACAGAAACUGCCUUAGAGAUUCCGGCCUGCAGGGAAGCCUGGGUACCAUCCCCACCCCCCAGGGAAGCCUGGGGCUUUGGUCAUAGUUACCAAGUCCUCCAGAAAGCUCACUGGAAGAAUAAUUUACCCAAGUUGUCACAAAGCCAGAAUUCUAAGAUUGACUCAUCUCAGCAGGUAACAACAAAGAGGCCAACUGAUCUGAACACUGGAGAUGUUACUGAAGAAAUGGAGAAAUGUUCUAGAAAUAUGAGCGAGGAAGGAAACCAUGAUUCUGCUUACUGUUUUGUUACUCAGAACAGACAUCAUUUCCCUUCCACCAGCCUCAAAGUUUGUAAAUGUGGAAAUCAACUUGGAUUUUUAAAUAAAAAGUACAGCCUCUCAGUCCACAAGGCAGGAGAAGGGGCCUCUGCAUGGCACCACUGCAGUGUUGCUUUUGACGGCUCUGAGUCAAAUACUUUGCUCCUCAUUUGUGAUACCAAGGCAAGCGAGGAAGAGCAGAGCCCACUCCCACCACACAUACAGGCCUGUGGUGUGCACAGCCAGCCUUCUUCUGGAGCCAGGUCUGAGUUCAUUGGUAAAAUCACCAAUUUAGAUCUGGAGAGGGUCACACCAGAGGAGAUUACUGUUUCUUUGAAGUCCAGCUCACUCCACUGUCCAGUAAGCAGCCCUAUGAUCAUGGCAGGAGGUGGGAGUCCAACUCAUAGGUGGGAUGGGGGGAAUGAAACUCUGCUUCUCAGGGAAACAAUUUCCAAAGACAUCCAAGAAGAGUUUAGUCUUCCAGGAAGCCAGUAUACCUGUGAAAGAUGCCAUCUAGUUAUGUGCUCUCAGGAAAAAAAGCCUAUUGAAUGCAAGACCUGUGGGCAGUCACAAGAGAAAAAGUCCAAAGAAGAACUUUUGGGAGAGAAACAGAAUAAAAGAGUUAAUAAUGCCGAUGAGAUGGCUAAACUGAUCAGGAGUGUGAUGCAGCUGGAAACUGACAUCUUAGAAAUCGAAUCCAAGAACAACAAGCUGCUUCAUGCUUCCCAAACUCCAAGUACAGAUUUUAUGCUCCAGGCCCUACGGGAUCAGGAGAGGGCUGACCAUGUCCUGAUGCCAGGAAGUUCUGGAAAACACUUAUUCUUUGAGGAUCAGCCAUCUUUUCCAAUACAGAUAGAGGAUGGUAUCUUUGGAGACAGUGAAGCUAGGGAAAUGGAGUAUAACAAUGCUAUCAGUAAUAACUCCCAGGUCCAGAAAAUCAUAGGAAGCCCCUUCAGAUCAAAGGGAUAUGCACAAGAGAGGCAGUCUGAGUGUGAACACUCAUCCCCAUCACCUGGACUGGACGGACUUGCCAGGGAUACAUGUGAUUCUUUGGGGAAGGACAUAGCUGUCAGGCAGUCUAGCAACAUUUCCCUUCACUCAAGGAGAAUGGAAGCUCUGUUAGCUAGAGCUCUGCCAUUGCAGCCCAGUGUGAUGAGCUCUCCUGAGAAGGAUGCUGAGCUUCUAAAUGCAUCAGCAGACUUCCAAGACCAGGAUUGGACCUUGGAAAAUCUCAAGGAACCAGAGACUAUGGAAAGUUUUCAGGAAAGCCAUAUCAUCGAUCUCCUAAAUGAUUCAGAGUUGGAGGAUACAAAAGCUCAAAGAAGAGUUAAAGAACUAGCCGUGGAACAGGGAGAGAACCAGCAAGAAGAGAAUAUGGUCUCAUUGACCCAGAAACCUCCUACUCCAAGCCAGCACUGUAAGGGAAUAUUUUUCAGCCAGGAGACUGUCUCCCCAUCCCAUAACCAGACAGACUUCUCUGCAGCUCUUCCUUUUGGAGAACUGAGUGGUACUCAGCCCUUACAAUCUCCAAGCUUACCAAGAAGCUGUUUGCAUGCCUCUGAUACCAAAGGCAUCUCUUCAUUUGAGUACAUGUUAGAGCCUACCAUGUUGAAAAUUAAUAGAAGUUCCUUGGCAACUGGAGUGGGGCAUCAGGAUUACAGUGGAGAGGCCAGGAGCAGUAGCCCACAGGGAAGUGUUACAGGGCAUGCUUCCGCUGCACACACUGCCUGGUGUGAGUCUGUGAUUCCCACGGUCAUGAGAGCUAAGGAUCAGUCUGUUACACCAGAGAGCACUCUACUAGAGACGGGGGACUGGGUAACAGUAAGCACCGGCCCCCAAGAAGACCAGAGAGGGCUAGUCCCUUCAACAGGCUUGACUACCCAGGAAGGUUUGGGUUCUGAAUCUGAGGCAACUGUACAAAAAGAAAUAAAAACCAGCUCCUUGAACAGGGUCUCAAGGCAGGCUGAAAAGAGGGUUAGUUUCCUCCUCCAAGAAGAUAGCGAACAGGGUGAGGAGGAAAGGCCGAAGGCAGAGAGGAAGUCCAAAGACCAACAGCCUGCUAGCAGUGCUUGCCUAGCAUCUUUGUCUCUACUGAGGGCACCUGAUCCAGAGCCUGUGCUACUACCCGACUCCUCUAUCCAUGCAUCCAUUUGCCUGGCUAUCUUGGCGGAGAUCAGACAGGCAAAGGCACAGAGGAGGCAGCUUAACGACUUCGUGGCUGAGGGGACAGUCCUUCCUUAUGAGACUUCACAAGAAGAGUGUUUUCCAAAGGCGGCUGGUGGGCCUCGGGAGCAAAGGGUUAAGUUAGGUUGGGAUAGCACCAGGAAUGAGGAGGAAGAACAGAGACCACAUACGGCCCCUCCAUCUGCUGUGUCUGCUGAGAGGAAAGCCCAAGCCAUGCCUCCCAGUGCAGGGGGCUCUCAGCAUCUGCCCCAUCCUGAAACUGACAGAGGACCUUGGCAUCAUUUGCUGGCUUCCUCUCACAUUGUCCCAGAUCUAGAAAAAAAACAUUGUAGUGGAGAACCAAAGCAGUUUGGGGGAGCAGGUGGAUGGUCUGAUUCUUCUGAAGUCAUGGAGAAAAAGAAAGAAACAUCCAGAACAUUGUCCUCUGUUGGUCCUUUGGCCUCAGACAGGCUUCUUUCUACAACAGCUGUAGAGCAGGAUGGGAGGGGAGGAUCAGAUAAAGUAUCUGUCUUGUCUUCUCAAACUUCUUGUGAUGAUCCUGGCAGGAUUCUGCAUGGGCAAAGUCAGUUAGCUACAUGGAAAACUGCAGAGAGUAUGUCCUUUGGUCGUCAGGACAGCAUCCCAGAGGACAAGGAACCUAGAAGUCUAGACAGUACAUGUGGAGGAGGCUCAGGUAAAAUCUUAGUGGCAACACAGGAAGGAAAAGCAGUCCAUUCUGAAUGUCAGUCUGUGAUCUGUAAUGUUGAUAAUUCUGCAGGCCUUUCAGGGCCUAAACAAGACCAUGUUCAGUGCUCAAAUGCUUCUGCUGCCUUGGAAGAAAUGAAGGCAAGUCCAAAGCCAUGUGCUGUCCAACCAGGAGCUCCUAGAAAAGUUGAAGCAGAAGCUCACAUGUGGCAUCCUGUCAAGUGGAAAAAUGUUGACUCUGGCCUGGCAGAAGCCUGUGAGGCUGACCGCAGUAAUUCAAGGUCAACUCCCUUGCUAGUUCAGAGACCCAGCCUGCAUCUUAGUGGAGUUAGAGUAGAGGCUCCAGGUCUGUGCCCCAAAGAGUGCUUUGUCUCCGAGGGGAGCACAGGAGGCAGCAGGCCACUCGGCUCAUCUUAUGAGGAGGAAGAGAACAGAACUGUUCCUUGGCCUCGGCUAAGUGGUUCUCGAGCUCCCGCUGUUCAUGCCUGCUGUUCCUCCACUCUGCCUUGUUAUAGAGAUGGUGUCCUUAGGGAGGGAGCUCCUCAGGCUGCUGGACAUCCUGUCCACUCGCCUUUCCUAGUACCAUCCAGGGCCUGUGAAGUGGAUGGAACAGCAGAGAGCUUUUCCAAAGACUCCCAGGUGUCUUUGGCACAUGACCUCGAGCACAAACAUGUUAAUGUAGAAUUUGGGCCUGGAGACAGUAGUAUUCCCAACCCAUCCACGGCAGCUGCUAUCUCCUCUCCAGCUCAAAGCUGCUCUUCCCUGUCCACUUCAGAAGUGAAGGCAAAUUGCCUCUUCCAUACGGUUGCUGGUAGAAGGUCAGCUGAAGGUUCUGAGAAAAAGACUUCAGGGAAGAAGGCCAGCACUGCCCCUGAGGAUGCUUAUCCAAGCAGUCCUGCAGGCACACAUUCUGAGCCACUGAGGAUUUUAAAGGAUAACUCUGUAGAGGAGGAUGCACAGGCAUCUAAAACCAAGCCAGAACCUCCUGUGGUGAUGAAGGGACCACAUACCCUAAAUUUAAAUGAAGGAUCUGUUGAUGGCAAGCUGGUAAUAGCAGCUCAGUAUGGACAUUUAGAAAACACCACCAGAUGCUGUUCAGAAAAGACACAAUCUUCCAUUGAGGUCAGGAGUCACAGUUGCUUGGGUCCCCAAGCCAAUUUUAUAGACAGGUUAAAACACACCCGCUACCCUCCGGUUGAGACUUUGUGGGAGGAAGAAGAGAGAGACCAAACUUCAGGAGGUGGCAAAGACCAUGCCCAAGUCAGAAAUCUAGCAUCUUCCAAUGAGGGCGGCUUUGGUGGCUCUCAUCCUAGAGCUGGGGGAAGAGAAGGGAUAGUUGUGACCAAGUCUCUGGGGUCCCAGACUGUCUUUCCAGACCUUGAAGACCCAGCUUCUCUGCCCUUGGGGCAAACUGAAACAUCACAGCCUGCUGCUCAGACUCCAGGCCAACUCAGCUCUGGAAGGGAGCAGCCCGCUCUGUGCCAUAGGCACUCAGUUCCUGUGAUUGCAGUCUUCUCUGGCCCUAAGCAUGCCGGGUACUCCCCUAGACCUCAGUUCUCUGUGGUCAGUUCAUCUCAAUCUUUUCAAGAAUUAAAUUUGAGUGUGGCAUCUCCUCCAACAGAUGAAGAUGCACAGGGGCCAAAGAGUUUGUGGAGCCUACAUCUCAGGGGCCAUUCCUCAGAAAAGCCAAUGUCAGUGCCUCCAAAGACUCCGGAUUGCAACCAGAAAGCUUCCUGUAAUUUGAACAAUAGCCCCACUGAUCACAGGCCUCCGAAACCUGGCAUUCCCCCUUAUCCAACAUCUUCUACCGUGUAUUGUAUGCCAACCCCUGACUUUAUGACUAACUGGAUGCCUGGUACUUUGGAACGGGCCCAACAAGAGAAGACAGAUAAACUGAGUGUCCAGGGCAUGCCGGAGAAUCAACACUCUCAGGUGGAUGAAGAAAUGCUGCAUUUUGGUUCUAGUGACAUAAAUCCCUAUAUCCUGCCCUGGCGUCCACAGGGACCUGUGCAGAUUGGCUGGAAGCAGUAUGUGUUUGGAAGUGCAGGUGAUGUCUCUUAUAGCCAGAAACCCCAGCGCUUAAUACCAUCAAAUACGCCUCAGUGCUCCAGUAUGGACAAUGCCCUAGAUGACAAGAAACCCCCAUUUCACUCCCAUCUCAGGACUUAUGCCCCAAAUCAGGAUCUGCCAAACAUUCCCAACAGUCUUGAGAAUGACCAAAGUUCAAAGGAAGGCUGGGGAAUAAGGAGUUCCUCACUGGCUGUGGAGAAGCCCCAUGACUUGACUGGAUCUGAAGGAGUUGCCCCAACUUGGGAUCCUGACAAGAGAUCCCCACUCAAGGACUCUUCAGAGGAAAUAGGCUGUCUGCAGAGUGAGCUAUCUCUGGCUGAGGGGAGUGCCACAGCUCCAGGAGAUGAGACAGGCUGUGCUGUGAGGCAGGCCAGGAUGAAUACCUUUGAGCAGGGAACCCAGACCCUGGGCAGCAACUGGAGUUGCACCGAUUUCUCUGCUCAGCCUGAUGCUAGGUCAGUGUCAGACUCUGACCUGGCCUCCUGGGCCAGCAUGCACAAUCUUUCUCUCCACCUCUCACAGCUUCUGCACAGCACUUCUGAGCUGCUUGGGAGUCUCUCACAGCCAAGUGUGGUCCUAAAGGAGCAGAACAUCAAGAGUAACUCCCUAGAUGAGGCCCCACAGGCCCUCAUGAUAGACAGUUCUACUCAGACCACUGUAGAUGAGGGCAUUCAGACUGAUCUGGCCUUACAUCCUCUGCCCUUCCAGGCCCCAGAGGUCAAGCCUCAGGAAGUCAAUGUGAUCCUUGAAGUGAUGGACUCAGGUGUCACCACCAUGGUUCAAGAAAAGGGAUAUGUCUCAGGGGUAUUUCAGAAGAAAGGGGCAGAGGAAACAGAACCCCCAGAUCACCAUGAGGGAAGUACCCACUAUAAGCUGCAGAGGCCUCCUGUGGCCUCAUCACACUUGAGGUUUCAAAAAGUCCAUCUUGGGCAGAACCUUACUUUCGUGAGUCCCCCAGCUUCUCCUGAUGGCUCCCCACCUCCCAGUCUGAGGCCAGAGGAAUCUUCCAUGGUGGUCAACAGCUCCAGCAUCUCUCACCACUCAGGGCUCUUCCUUGGGGCGUCAGAGUUCGCCCAGAAGAAGCUGGGCUCCUCAAGUGCCCUGCUGGUGGACAGGGCUUCCUCUCCAAUCCUUACGUUUAGUGCCAGCACCCAGGAGUUGAGCAACCCCUUAGACUGUCUGACCCUAUCAGCUCCCUCAGCUCAUCCUCUUGAAGACUUCCAGGAGAUUGACAUCAGUCCUAACCUUGCUGUUGGUAACCCAAGACCUCUCAUGGAUAAUUCUCAAGCCAUUAAUGAGUUCGCUGUCAUUCAGAGAGCUGAGUCUCUGGAUAGAGGAGGCAAGAGCCCCUUAGAAAAGAGUUCUGAGGGAUCAUUUGAUUCUAGCUCCCCAUGCAGCCCACAGCAGAGCUCUAGUCUCCAAGUUAGUUUCUUAGGGCAGGCCCCUCUGCAACUUCAGCCCAGGAGCACCACUGGAGACCAAAGCAGACUGCCAUCUCCUCGACCUUCAAGGCACAAGAGCCUGAAGCUAGCUGACAGCUUUGUGCCUGAGAAGGUGGCUUCCAUAGAGCACGGUCCACGGAGCAGUAGGAGGCCAAGUCAGUGGCAGGGCAGGACAGCAAGUGAGAAAGAGAGCUCAGUGUUGAUAGUGGAGCCACAGCCCAGUCUGGAUCUAUCUUCUUCAUGGAGAGGUCUUCAGCCCCUUAGCCCUUGUCCUGUCUCCGAUACUGCAGGCCCUCGAAGUCCUGCUGUAGAGCCACCUCAGGCCUGCCAACCUGUGGAGCUGCUCUGCCCUGAUUCACAUGUGUGUGUGGCCCCUGAUCUCCAGCACCAGAGCCUGAGGGACCUCCCAGUUCAUAACAAAUUUGAUAACUGGUAUGGAGUUCGGGAUGGAUCUUGUGGAGAGCUGCAUGUCAGAGAGAAUGGAGGGGUCGGGUUUGAUUCCAGUUCUGUAGACCAAACCCAAAGGCCCCUGCAAUCUUCUGAUGACAACAGCCAGAAUCCUGUGUGGCCCCGCUUGAUGCAUAUCCCUUUGCAAGUUGGGAUCCAGAAACCCUCACUCAGUGUGGAACUCGCAGAAGCAAAACUACACCGUGGCUUCGGGGAGACAGAUGCCCUGCUGAAGGUGCUGCAGAAUGGGACAGGGGAGGUGAUUGCUCCUCAAGAACCUGCUCCAUCCUCUUGGGAGGAGCGCUCCACCAGGCAGAAAAAGACUAUAGAGACCCUCAGGAGAGAGAGGGCUGAGCGACUUCAUAACUUUCGUCGGACAAGAAGCCUCAGUCCCCAAAAACAAUUCAGUUUCCUGCCCAGCAAGGAUCUUCCCACCUGGGAACUUGACUUGCCCAGCAGACGCCGAGAAUAUCUACAGCAGCUGAGGAAGGAUGUUGUGGGGACCACUAGGAUCCCAGAACCAGCAUCAAGAUCAGCCCACCCACCCUCUGACAUUGAGCUAAUGCUUCAAGACUAUCAUCAGGCCCGAGAGGAGGCGAAGGUAGAGAUUGCUCAGUCUCAGGAUCGGCUCAGGGAGCGGACUGAACAAGAAAAGCUGAGGAUCCGCCGGCAGAUCAUCUCCCAGCUGCUGAAGGAAGAGGAAAAACUGCAAACUCUAGCCAACUCCAGCUCCCUGUGCACCAGCUCUGAUGGAAGCCUGUCUUCUGGCAUCACAUCUGGUUACAACAGCAGCCCAGCCUUCUCAGGCCACCUGCAGUCCUUAGAGGUUAAGGAAGACGCUCGAGUACCAGACUUCCAAGAAACCUGGACAGGGGACUGGCGGGGCCGGUCCACAGUGAGGAACAGUCAGCUGUAUCUAACUGGGUCUGCCUGGAAGAGCUUAGCUUACAGCCGCAGAGCCUCCCUGGGCAGUGGUGGCUGCUCUCCCUCCAGCCUAUCCAGUUUAGGGACCUGUUUCUCCUCCCUCUACCAGGAUUUGGCGAAACACAUUGUCAACACCUCAAUGGCUGAUGUAAUGGCUGCUUGUUCAGAUAAUCUUCACAACCUCUUCAGCCGUCAGGCCACAGCUGGCUGGAACUACCAGGGUGAGGAACAGGAGGUGCAACUUUACUACAAGGAAUUUUCUUCUACUCGACACGGCUUCUUGGGUGCAGGUGUGGUGUCCCAGCCACUCUCUCAUGUGUGGGCAGCUGUGAGUGAUCCUACUCUGUGGCCUCUGUACCACAAGCCCAUCCAUACAGCAAGGCUGCAUCAGCGAGUGUCCAACAGUAUCAGCCUGGUGUACUUGGUCUGUGACACCACACUGUGUGCGCUGAAGCAGCUGCGGGAUUUCUGCUGUGUCUGCGUGGAAGCCAAAGAGGGGCACCUGUCAAUCAUGGCAGCUCAGUCUGUGUAUGACACAUCCAUGCCCAGACCCAGCAGAAAAAUGGUCCGAGGAGAGAUCCUGCCCAGUGCCUGGGUCCUGCAGCCUGCCAUCAUGGAGGGGAAAGAAAUCACCAGAGUCAUCUUCCUUGCCCAGGUAGAGCUGGGUGCACCAGGCUUCCCUCCUCAUCUUCUCAACUCCUUUAUCAAACAGCAGCCGCUGGUUGUGGCCAAGCUGGCAUCCUUCCUUGGUAGUUAGCAGCGCUGUCUCCACGGCCCAAUACUGAGAUGUAGGCCCAGGACACCUGAGACUCUAGAGCUGCUUCUAUGCCCUGGAGCAGGAAGAGCCUGGGCUGCCUGUGGUAGCCCACUAUAUAGAUGACACUGGCCCAGCGUUGCCAGCAAAACCAGUACUUAGUACUUGGUCACCGCUGAAGAGUGAGCAACCUGCUUCUCCUGGCUGUCGAAUGAAACUCAACUCACCUUUAGGACUUCUUACCUUCAUUUCCUGCCUGUGGGACUCAGUGACACACCAAGUGUUCAAAGACUGCAAAAAGCAGAGCCUGCAGAGCUGGAGACUGCAGUGCCUUGGCAAGGUGCUCUGAAUCUGCCUCCAACAUUUAGCUCCAUUUUGUGAUGGAGCAACAGAAAAGGCCAAACCAGUUUAAAGAAUCAACUGCACAAACCAGACUGAUUCAGAAUUGUUUUCUGUCACCAAGUGUUUACUAUUCACAUUCACACACACCUUUUCCUAGGUCACUGUGUGUCACUGGUACAGUCAGUCUACCUUGAGCUCAGUACAAUGGGAGACCGACCACUGGAGAAACAGACAAGGUGUGGGGCCUGAGGACCAGUGAUGGGUAGGGGCAGCUACAUACUGCUUGCUAACAUGGUAAGAAGGAUUUCAAACAGACUGUUUUGCAGAGGAAUAAGUUCUGGCAGGCCUUGAUCUUGUGCCAACGCUUAUGCCUCAACCCCCAAAUGCUGGAACCCAUUUCUUUUUUAUAUUUAUAUAAAUCUAUUGACUGGCUGGUGG